AUGGAGAAAGGUGAUUGGUUCACUGGACCCGAGUGGUUGGAGCAAGAAGAAAAAUGGCCGGAACAACCAACACUAGCGCGUUCUACGGAGGCAAGCGAGGAAGAAAAGCCACUGAAAGAGGUCCUAGAGAGCGCUAGGGAACACAAGCCUGACGGGUGGGAUCAGUUGUUGGAAGGCAAACCGUACUGGACUGUACUGAGAAUCACUGCCUGGGCCAUAAGAUUCAAAGAUAACACGUUGGCAAAGAAACAGAUGAGGAAAAGGCGGAAAGGAGCGUUGUGUACUGACGAAAUCAGACAAGCGAAAGAACUAUGGGUUAGAAGAGCGCAGAAAAGAAUUUCGCAAGAUACAGACACACAAGGGUGGAGAUUGGUAGAAGAAUGA